CUCUAUGACUUCAUGCGGAACACAACUCGGUAUGGUCUCUGGAGGCAAGUUAGUGGUGACAGUGCAACUUUGAUAACCAGCUGCUUCAAUGGAAGCAAAGAGGUCACAAAUGGAAAAGGAAAUACCGAAAUAGGGUUGUGUGGCCAAUGAGUGAUUCUCAAUUGGGGGAAUUAUUUUUCAGAACCCUCACUGUGCAAGCAUUGGGUAAUUGCAAUGAGCAAUUCCUCCUCUGGAACUGGAACAUCAUCAAAACCGAGGGCAGCUUCCUCGCAACCAUCAGAAACUUCAUCCAAGCGCAAAAGAGGAGUUUUCCAAAAAGAAUUGCAGCACAUGAUGUAUGGCUUUGGAGAUGACCCUAAUCCACUUCCUGAAAGUGUGGCACUUAUGGAGGACAUUGCUGUGGAAUAUGUCACAGAAUUGGUACAUAAAGCCCAAGAUAUUGGAUCUCAGAGGGGGAAGCUAUCAGUGGAGGAUUUCCUCUAUUUGAUUCGCAAGGUACAUUUUUAUUCUCAAUAAUUAUUACCAAGAUUA